GUUCUCAAAAUGCAAAUAUCCACCAGAGAUCUUUAAAUAUCAGCUUUCAUAAUCAUAAACUGAUCACAAUCACAUCUUUUAGACGAAAGAGAGGGGAGUUGUACGCCUUUUUCUUUCCUUUUGUCUCUCUGCUAGCUUACAGUAAGCAUGUCGCAGCUCGAUUCUUGCACAGAAAGACCAGUUAUUGUUGCACUGUCAGAGAACUUGAUGCUAUGCAUUUAAAUAAGAAGGUUUAAUGAAGCUUCAUAGCUCAGUGAGUAAUUAACAUAUUGGCUCCUUUUCUAUUUCCUCAAGAAAGACUUUUUAAAUACAAUUUCAUUUUGAUGAAUCUAUGCAACCUGGUGUUUCAGUGCGACUUCACCUUGUUUCAUAUGCAAGAGUUGAGGUACAUGAGAUGAAUUCUUUCUGCUGUCUAGAGUUUUGCUCUCGAUUCUUCAAGCAACAGGGUUACAAUAUUUCCCGUAGUAGCUUGCCGCAUCGAUUAGGACUCCAUAUUCUAGCGAACAGUGCGAGGGGAUACAGUGUGAUAUUCUAGGGUUGGGCGUAAA